AUCAAAAUGUAUUUUAAUGACCUAAUUAUAGUAAUUAGUAGGUAUUAAUACAUAUUAUACCUACCCGUAAUAGAUGAUUAAAAAUGGCAUCUUCCUCGGUCUCUGUGAUUGAGGUUGAAGUUUGAUUUAUCUAAACUAUAUGUAAAUAAGUAUAAAUUAUUAUAGAAAUAACUAAACAUAAAAUAAGAAUACAGUGUGUCAGUAUGUUGACUUGCAAACUAUAUUUAUUUCUAAAGACAGGAAUCAGCUAAAAUUAAUUUGGAAAAUAUUCAAUGAUUAAAAUAGAAAUAUUGUUAGUAUAAAAAUCCCUGCUAUGCCUAAGUCUUUGGACGGAUUCAGUUUUUUUGACGAUCGUUUUUUAGAAUUUAUUUAACAACUUAUUUUGCAUCAUAUCUCUGUUUAUCACGUACCUAUACUAUUUUUGAAUAGAAUACACGUUUAUUACACUAUGUUUCCAAAUUUUUUUUUACAGUAUCGCUAGAUACGAGGGGAGGUCGUUUCCACACUCGCCUAACUACCGUCAAUAAGCACAGCCUACAUAGGUAAUAAGUUAACUAGUGCUUGUUAUUACUUAUUGCUAAUAAUAUUCUUAAUAAUAAUAAGCUACGAUAGUUGUUGGAUUGAAACUUGGAACAAUAACAUAACGAUUCGUUCCAAAGCAACCACUAUAUAAACACAAACACGUUUAAAAUGUGUUCGGUUUCAACAAUCUAAUAUUAAAAUAUUAUGAGUAUUUGAUGUCAACGGGGAAAUAAGAAUUAUAGUAUUUACCUCAGCAUCCGACAAGUGGUUAUAAAAAAAAUGGUUCCAAUCAGUUAGGUAUUUAGACUAGGGCGCAUAUUAUGAAUAAUAUAUAUAUGCAUUUAUAGGUGCUACCAUGGCAACUAGAGUAUAUACAUAGCCAGAGUGCUAGAAACACAUGGUUCGACACAAAAUAAUGCAUUCAGAAUUCAGUUUGUCGCUAACUAAUAACUUCAAAUUGCAUUGCUAGUAUUAAAUUGUGUUCUUGGUCAAAUACAAUGACGUCUACUUCUCAGAGAAAUGGUCAAACGAUACUCGAGUUGGCUAUGUCUUCAAAGAAUGUUACAUCCGACAUGGUACCGGUAGAGAGAACUUUGCUAGUAAUCGGGAGUAAAAACUCGGGUAAAACUUCAUUAAUACAUUCAUUUUUUGAUAAAAAUGAAAAGCCAAAACCCACACUGGCUUUGGAAUAUUCAUUCGCAAGAAGAUCUGGAAAAAGUUUAACAAAGGAUAUUUGUCAUGUUUGGGAAUUGGGUGGUGGUUUAAUUUUCAAAGAUUUGUUAUCCGUGAUAGUACAAAAAACGAAAGGCCGACGUUUGAGCGUCGUGUUGGUAUUGGAUCUAUCGAAGCCGGAUAUUCUUUGGAACACCAUGGAAAUGCUUCUAGAAGAAAUUAAGAUACACCUAGAAAAUGUACCAGAGAUUGAACAGUAUAAUCAAAUUAAUGUUAAAAAUGUUGAGGAUAAAAAGUUUUUGUCUCCACUGCCCAUACCACUUAUGAUUGUUGGAAGCAAAUACGACGUAUAUCAAAAUUUCGAACCGGCUAAAAAACGCGUGUUGUGCCAGUGUUUACGAUAUGUGGCACACACUUAUGGAGCCUCGUUGAUUUUCUAUGGUGUAAACGAUGCAGUUCUUGUGAAGAUAUCCAAAGAGAUGAUGUCACAUUACGGGUUUGGAACACCUUAUCCAAAGAACCUCAUAUACGAUUCAAAUAAACCACUCUUAGUGCCUGCAGGUUCCGAUUGUUUUGACAAAAUAGACAACCUCAAUGAAGCUGGAAGUAUUAGAUCAAUGCAUAAGUACAAGAGUGUAUUUGCUUCUAAUUUUAAACAGGUUAAUAACUAUUAAUAUACGUUUUAUUAAACUUAUUUAAAUAAUUGUAGGAAUACAAUAUUUUUUCAAACGAUUUUAUUUUUCGCCAAAAUAGAAUUAUUUUAGCACAGACAAAACAAUUCAAUAACUCCGCCCAUAUUACAUAUACGGUGAUACAUAAUAUCCAUUAAAUUAUGUAAACUCUGGUCAUAUAAUAUAGAGUUAAUUAUUUUCACACAUAGAUUUAGGUAUCUGCAAAAGUGCGAAAUGAAAUCUUGCUUGCUGCGGGUUUUUUCAACUGAUUGAAGGUGCCUUAUGUGCUUAAAACAUUUAACAAUAAUAUAUUUAAGACUUUAUAACUUAAAAUUUGGAACACUUAUAUUAAUUGAUACAUUAUCAUUUAUGGGCACCAUGUCUAAUUUAUAAUAUAAUAUCUUAAAUUUCAUAACCAUUUAAAAGAAAUCUCAACAAAAAAGUCGUUGUUUAUGAUUAAAAUUAAAAUGUAUUCCAAUAAUACUUUUUUGAUUUUUGAAAUUUGUUUAAACUUUUUGGUUAUUUUAACAUGAAACUCUCAGGGCACUCAUAAUAUACCUACUAAAAAAAUGUAUUUAUAAAAUCAUUAUGUAUACGCCGUAUAAACAUUAUUACAAUAUGAAAUGGAUCAGUAAAUGAUUUAUUUGAAAGUCAAGGUCAGUGACCAUAACAUUACUAAAAAAGAGAUUGUAGAAUGUUUUCUAAAAUAUAUAAUCCCAUUAAUAUGAUAUUAUGUUCUGCGUCUUUUGCUAUAAGAAAGUUACUCAUUGUUUAUGAAAAUAUGAUGUUAUAAUAUGUAUAGUAUGUACCUUCGGAAGGUUAUUGUAAGAGUGCAGACGCAGAAUUUCCUAUUGAAGUAAAGGUGAAGGUACUAUUAUAGGCGUUUAACUGGUUUCUAAAUAUACUCAUUAAUCAUUAUUUAAGCUAAAGUUCGUGUACUUAAAUGAUACAUUAUCAAAAUGGUAUAAUCGUCUAGUCAUCUAAAACAAUUUGUAUUUCUAAACAGCUUUUAUGUAAAACCACGACACACGUUACACAUAGGUAUAGUGUUUGAAGUAUGAAAUAUUUCACAAAAACGUGAAACAUUGAAAUUUUUUUUAACACAAAU